CUUCUACCAGAAACAGCGCGGAGUAUACUUGGGGACGGGAGUGCGGCAGUCAACCCGAUCAACAAGGCUCCAAUUCCAAUUCUCUCUCCAAAAGCCUCGCAAGAGGGAGGAGGAAGGCCCGAUGCAGUCCCCCGAGAGGACCAUCGGAAGUUUCCCAAUCCAUUGGCGGCAUUGAGACUGCUGCGGAUUCCCGGCACCGCUAUCAUCUUGGUAGCAUAUGACAUCAACUAUACGGUCUACUGCUGCCUGCAAGCCUCGCUCGCGACACUAUUCGUCGACACCUACCAAGUCUCCGGGCUCACGGCCAGACUCAUUUACCUCCCCUUCGGCGUUGCCGUUGCCUUGAGCGCCUUUGCAACGGGCCGGCUGCUGGAUGUCAAUUAUAGCAAGACUGCAGCAGAGCUUGGCAUCAGCGUCAAAAUAGACGAAGGAACAAAGCUCAAGGACUUUCCCAUCUACAGCGCACGCUGCCUGCAACUUUAUCCGCUGCGAAGUGGCGCAGCCUGCCUUGAGGCGCUGGAUACGAUACUUCGAAGACUUGGCCCUGGGUGGAGCUUCCUGCUCUUUGGUGUCUUGCUAGUCCUCUUGUUUUUGUGCUACUUCUGUUGCAGCUCAGAGCGAUGA